AUGAACACCCGCGACCCCUUUAAUCUGCACCGCUCUCCGGCAUUCAAUAUCCUUCGAGCUACAGCAUCUCGAGCGGCAUCGAACGUCGCCCAGCAAGUCGUCGAGGCUGGAGCUCAGGCGUACGAGACUGGAAAGCAAGCCGUCGAAGAUAUGUCUACCUUCUCAGUUCCCAAGAACGUCCCGUCGUUCACAAAUCCACAGCGCGAACUCGAAAACAGAGCUUGGGCGGCAUCGGGUGUGACAGCCCGUUCAGCAGCCUCACAGUCGAACGGUGGUGUGCUAGGAGGAAUGCAGGACCGAGUUGGGGAUUUCUUUGACGUCGGCCGGAAUGAUUUGCCCAUGUAUAAGGACAAGCCGUUCUCGUACGCAGCGUCGCGGAGACGUCAGCCAAUAUGGAAGAAGAAAAGAGCUCUUGGUGCUGGGAGUUUGUUUGUCCUGGCCAUCCUGUACUUGCUGGGGUUUUUUGGAAGUAACGCGAAGGCAACAAAGUCCGCAAAGAAUACUUGGAACUGGAUGCAGCGUCCCGAGAAGUCUGGCUCUAAGGUUGACUGGCUAGACCGGAGAGAGAGAGUUGUAGAAGCUUUUACUCUGAGUUGGGAUUCAUAUGCUCGUUAUGGUUGGGGUUACGAUGAAUACCAUCCAAUAUCUAAAAAGGGGAAGUUCAUGACACCUAAGGGUAUGGGUUGGAUAAUUGUAGAUGCGCUUGAUACCAUGAUGUUAAUGAAUUUGACGAGCCGGUUGACGACUGCCCGAGAAUGGCUAGCCACCAAGCUAGAUUAUGACCAAGACCAAGAGGUCAACACGUUUGAGACCACCAUUCGAAUGCUAGGAGGUCUUCUUUCAGCACACUAUCUAUCAACCGAAUUCCCUGAGCUUGCGCCACUGGCCGACGAUGAUGAAGGAGCAGCUGGUGAAGAUCUGUAUCUUGAGAAGGCUAAGGAUCUAGCAGAUCGACUGAUGGGGGCUUUCAAGUCAAACUCCGGCAUUCCUUAUGCGAGUGUCAACUUGAAAACAUAUGAGGGUGUCGUCUCGCAUGCCGACGGUGGCGCCUCUUCGACAGCAGAAGCCGCUACUUUGCAGCUUGAAUUGAAGUAUCUUACGAAACUCACAGGGGAGACGCUGUAUUGGGAGGCAGCGGAGAAGGUCAUCCAGGUAAUUGACGAUAACGGAAGAGAGGGUGGACUUGUUCCAAUCUACAUCUACGCUCAUGAUGGACACUUCAGAGGAGAGAACAUUCGUCUCGGGAGCAGGGGAGACUCAUACUAUGAGUACCUGAUCAAACAAUACCUCCAGACAGAUAAACAUGAGCCAAUUUACGAAGAAAUGUGGGACGAGGCAUUAGCUGGCAUCCGGAAGUAUCUCAUUACUUACUCAACGCCCUCUCAGUUCACAGUGCUUGCAGAGCGACCAGAUGGCUUACACGAAAAGCUUUCACCAAAAAUGGAUCAUCUCGUUUGCUUUCUGCCAGGAACUAUCGCACUGGGUGCAACCGGGGGCAUCCCCGAGAGUGAGGCACGAAAGCUUCCUACAUGGGAUGCGAGGAAAGAUGAGGAGAUGGAACUUGCGAGAGAGCUGACAAAGACCUGUAUUGGAAUGUAUAGAGUUAUGGCAACAGGGCUAGCCCCAGAGAUUGCACACUUUCAUGUUGACGAUCCGCCACUUCCUGCCUCUGCACCUCAUAAAUCACCAACGACAUUUGAGGGGGGAGAGGACGCGGCGUGGAGAAAAGAUUUCAUCCUCAAGCCCCAAGACAACCACAAUCUUCAGCGCCCAGAGACAGUUGAAAGUUUGUUCUACAUGUGGAGGAUCACAGGUGAUGAAAUUUAUCGAGAAUGGGGAUGGGAUAUGUUCAAAGCUUUUCUUAAUUACACGGCCGUUGAGGAAGGAGGUGGAUUUACCAGUUUGUCGGAUGCUAAUACCAUUCCGCCACAGACUCGGGACAAUAUGGAAAGCUUCUGGCUGGCCGAGACAUUGAAAUACUUCUACCUCCUAUUCUCACCCAACGAUUUCAUCCCGCUUGACAAAGUCGUCAUUAACACAGAAGCUCACAUAUUUCCUCGCUUCAAACCUACUGCUUUAAUGAAGACCGGAUGGACGAGGAAACCGCGCGACAAAGACGGCAAACUGCUGCCAGACGCUCCCGCGAAAAAGACUACAAUCAUUGAAACGAAGACAAUCGAAAAAGCUAAAAGUACUAGCAAAUCAUAG